GAGAGAGAGAAAGGCAGCGUGUGAGAACUGCUGUAGCUCAAAAAUAAAGUCAGGCAACUAUCUGGAGCAGCAUGACUCUUCUAACACUUGGACUGUAUCUACCACUGUGGUUUCAUUAUGGCCUGGCUCAGUCUCCUGUUCUGGAUGGUUUUAUUUCAUUCCCAGCAGCUCUCAGAUCCCAGGAGCAGCAGAAGAGAUUCAACCCAUGCUGUUUAGUGAGUUUGCCUCCACCCCCACUGUUUCCUCCACCCCCUUCACUUUGGCGCCGCCACACUCAUAGUGAAGGCACUCAUGGAGAUCGAUCAGAGCUGGGCAGUGAGGACAAAGGUUCUACCUGUGUCCGAGGCCCCCCUGGGCCUGCUGGUCCACUUGGACCUCAGGGUCCACCCGGACUACCUGGCAUAGAAGGACCUAAGGGAGAAAAGGGAGAAAUCGGAAGACCUGGGCAAAAGGGUCGCACAGGUCCUCCUGGACUUCCUGGGAAGCAGGGACCAGCUGGAUGGCCAGGACCAAGCGGGCCCAAAGGUGAGAAAGGUGAUCCAGGGCUCAUGGGUUUGCCUGGAGCCAGAGGACCAAUUGGGCCACGGGGUUUACCUGGAUAUAAAGGCGAAAAGGGUUCACAAGGUGAUCGUGGUGAGGGUGGCAUGAAAGGAGACAAGGGUGCAAUGGGUUUUCCAGGAAUGCUUGGACAGAAAGGUGAAAUGGGUCCAAAAGGAGAACCUGGAAUCUCAGGAAACAGAGGACCGACUGGUCGACCAGGGAAGAGAGGCAAACAGGGAGUGAAAGGUGACCACGGCAGUCUAGGUCCUAUGGGACCUGCAGGCCCACAGGGAUCUCCUGGCCAUCCUGGUCCUCCUGGGGCACCUGCCACAGGACUUUACAUGGUUGGAACAAAGGGUGCACGUGGUCCACCUGGACCGCCUGGAAAGUGUAGCUGCGGCUCUCACAGCAGUUCUCCAUAUGAAGAUCAUCACUCCAGAGGAAACUAUCCUAAAGUACCUGCGAUAUUCGUGGUGAGCAAUGAGGAAGAACUGGAGAAUCUUCACACAGAUAAUGCUCUUGCAUUCCGCAAAGACCAGAGAUCUCUUUAUUUCAAAGACAUUGAUGGCUGGCUGCCAAUUCAGACUUUUCCAUUCCAGCUGACUCCGUACCAGUCCAUGGAAAAUGCACCAGAUGAAGAAGGUUACUGUGGUGAUGGGAUAGUGCAGAUUGCCAAUGGGGAGGAGUGUGAUGACAGAAACAGAGUCGUUACUGACGGUUGUGUCAAAUGUAAACACGCCUACUGUGGAGAUGGAUAUCGCUAUGAGGGGGCUGAGGAGUGUGAUGGAAAAGACUUUGGAUACCAGACAUGUAAUUCAUAUCUUCCAGGGUCAUAUGGUUACCUCAAGUGCACUCCAUACUGUGUUAUUGACUCCACAAACUGCAAGUACUUCACUUGAGGAGGAACCUGGACAGUGCAGCUGGAUCCUUUGUGUGUUAUUUGCUUGACACAUCAUGGGAAUACGUUCAUGCAAAAAAACCCAAAAAAAACAAGAACAAUAAUGCUACAAGCAAGAGACUCCGGAGGAAGAGGCAGCCAAUGAUUCUAUGAUGAAAGAAAACCAAAACAUAUAUAUAACUCCUCUGUAUUGCUGCUAAGAUGCCACGUAGAUCCCUGGAGUUAUAGCAAGAGUUGGUCAGUGGAGGGGAAACCUUCAUCUACACUUAGGAAAUACACAGGACAACUGCAUUCCGUCUUAACAAAGCUGGACAUAGGACUGGCCUCCUCACCAUGCCUGAUUGGACUGGAAUCAGCCUCUGGAUGCAACAGUUGUACGACAGUCAUGCAGAGACUUAAUUAAGUGCCAGUGGGACAUGUUGCAGAUGAGCAGUAGCCGGGCCUGAGGCUUAUUAAUCAUGACCCAGUUACCAUUGAGAAAGAGAGCCAGUAGGACAUGCAGAGCCAUUGCCCCGGGUAUUCUCCUGCAGUGUGUGUGACAGUGCAGCAUUUGCAUGAGGAUGGGAUUACUAAGACCAUGAAAGCAGCUGUCACUUUUCAAGCAUGUAACCUAUAACUUUACUCAUUAUUGCCACGACAAGGUUCGUAUGUACCCUCAAUCUCACAUCAACAAUUUCAGUUGUAAAACCAGGGAUAUAGUAUGAUCAAUAUUAAAGCUAGGGAUGGAGAUAGAGGUUGAUAUAGUGCAGGAAUCAUGCACUGGUAAUAUUUCAUGAAGCCACACUUCUCACAGGUCCUGUGAAACUUCAGUGACUGGCUUGGCUUGUGGUGGUACUGUACUUGACAGUGACAUUCAAAGUCAACUCCAUAAAUAAAAAAAAAAAACCUCAGGAACCAACAGGUAAUGUAGCUCCACAUGGCACAUUUCACAGGCAUCCUCCACUAUUCUCUUUGCAAAUUAAAUGAAAGUGACUGUACACCGAGGCACACAGGUAACUCAGACAAAAGCUUUAAUGCAUCAACAAUGUGCAGUCCUUUAGGCACGAUCGAGUUCCUUCCCUGUGCUUCAUUGAGAAACUAAAUAUACUGUAUGUGAAGGCUUGAAACUGUUAUGUUCUUAAUUUUCUCACUGCACAGGAAAGGCUGGAAUAGUCUGUAGCUGCUAAAUGGGGGGAGGAAUUAAAUUCCAGUCUGUUCUAUGGUCAUUACUGUAUUUACUCUAAUACCUCUUUAUCCAGUCUUUCUGUCUUACAGUAAACAGCAACAGACAAACUCAACAGUAAACUUAACAGUGUAGAUGUAGUCCGCUGUGUCUUGGGCACCAAUGGUGAAAAUGAAUGUGCCGAUUAUAAGCUGAUAUUUUCCAUAAGCUACUGUAUGAGUCGCAGUGCCAAGGGAGACCUUUUCUCAGCUGUACUUAGACAUAGUCAAGUGUUAUAUAAAGUGAUUUUUCUGUGAUUGCAGAUGUACAAACAAGCAAUUGAAAGAUAAAGACUGUUACUAUAUUGUGUCCGCAUGCUUGUAAUAAUAUGCCAUUGAGUGUGAAACGCUUCUACUUUGUCAAACAUUGUUUUGUAAGUCACAUUGCAUUCAUCAGCAUAGCAGGUGUCUUAAGAAAUGUCAGCCUUGCUCUGCUCAGAGUGUACAGUAGUACUGUACAGUAUGUGUGACACACCUUAUAUGAUAGUGAUGAACUGUGCCAUGCACAAAGCUGAAAUAUCUUUUUGGGAAAACUACGUUGAAUGUUGUUGUCUGUGGCCUGUGCUGCUGUGCUGAAUCUUGUACUGUGUAUGCACAACAAUGCUUAAACAUACUAUGCAUGUGGUAACGUACUGUAAGGCUUUAUAAAACAUAGUAUGCACUGUGACUGGGAUAGAGAAAGAUCAUUAUGUCUGGUUAUUCUGAUUAUUCUUUAUACAGUAGUUGUGGACAAUUUUAAAAAGAAGUGAAA